AUACACGUGAAGCAGCAGUUCAGCGUGGAACGUUGGUGAGUGAGGACGUACGGCACACUCUCUCUCCCGCGAGCGUGGCCUAAGAAAUUCAGUGUGGUGAUCGUAAUACAAAGGUGAAAUUGAUAUUGACCAAGUUCUUUUUUAUAUGCCUGUGAACACGAUGGCAAGUUUGACUCUCGAGGAAGACUUAAACGCAGCCGCCUGCCUAGUUGCCAUGAAGGGCGGCGGAAGGCUGAGUCCGUGGGCGGCGCCAGAAACCAACAGCCAACGCCCACGUCUUCAAGUAAAAACUCACCUACCACUGCAACGGCCAUUCCAUGACCCACCACCUACCCACACGCCCGCACCAAGCCCCGAACACUCUCCUUCAGUCGAAUUCACACACCACGCCUUCCCCCUGUCGCCCGACCACAUGUACCAGCCGCCCACCCCGCCCACCCCUCCGUCGCCGCCCACUCCCAUCCUGGAGGACCACUCCUACUGCCCGUCGGCGAUGGAGGCGUGCGACGCCAGCCCCGACCACUCGGUGUACCUGAUCGCCCGCAUCCUCGCCGACCUGAAGCGCGUGCAGCAGGAUCGGGUGGACGUCCGCGAGAAGGCGCCGGAGUCCCUGCCGCCCACCGCCGCCGCGCCCUCGCCCGCCCCUCCCUCCCACAUCACACACACCCUCCCCCUGCCCGCCCAGACGCAGGAGAAGCCCCUGGAUUUCAGCAGAAGAGGCGUGGCGGAGGCAGCCGCGAGCGCCGCCGAGGAGCGGGACGCGGGCGCCGCCAGCCGCACCCCCGCGAGGUGCACGGGCGGGCGGCGAGGGCGGGGUCGGGCCAGCCAGCAGAAGGUGGAGGACAAGCGCGCCCACCCCUGCACUUUCCCCGGCUGCGACAAGAUCUACGGCAAGUCGUCGCAUCUGAAAGCACAUCUGAGGACGCACACAGGAGAGCGCCCGUUCGAGUGCACGUGGGCGUCCUGCAGAAAGAGGUUCGCCCGCAGUGACGAGCUGGCACGGCACACCAGGACCCACACCGGAGAGAAGAACUUUGUGUGCCCCGUCUGCCAGAAGAGGUUUAUGCGCUCAGAUCACUUAAGCAAACACGCCCGCAGGCACCCGGACUUCGACCCGACCCUCCUGCGGCAGCGGCGCCACGCAGCCCCGAGCCCACUCACCUGCCCGUCCUCUUCCGCCGUCUCGGACAUGGAGGAACCCAGCUCUCCUUGAGGUCUGCCGCACUUAGGAAGCAAGUCCCAAGUAGUCGCCGUCGCCGCCGCCGCCGUCUCUGUGCCACACGCGGCUUCGUCUGCCGUGCAGUACAAAGUGCUGUGUCCUCCCGCAGCGCCACACAUGUAGCCUGACCAUAAUGAGGUGUUGGAGCAAGCGGGUGUUGCCGUGGUGCAAAUAGAGGACCAAAAAAGAAAAGAAAAAAGAGAGAGAGAGAAAGGAAAAGAUGGAAGAAAAAAAUGCAUAUGAAAUUGUUGAUAGUCUCUUGUUUCCCUCUUUCUCUCGUUCUCGUGGUGUGACGCUCAACCAAUCCACCCACUCAAAUGUUUGUAAAUACUUUUUUUUUUUUU